GAAGAAGCUGAGAACACUCGGACGACGCGGCUCAUUGGCCAGGGGCGGGAGGGGCCGAGGUUAAUGGUCCCGAAGGUGCCCCGGGCGCUUGUCUGCUGGGAGGAGAUGAUUAUUGGUAGAAAGAGACGGUCGAGCCCCAGAAGCGGUGGGGCGGAUGCCAAGCUGGUGUAUUAUGACGGGGUGCGAGCCGAAGCCGAGCACCACUCGAGAAUCAAAUAAACCGUGCAGGUGGACCGUGAGAGGAGAGGAGGUGGAGGAGGAGAUGCGCGCGUGUUUGCGUUUACGCGUGCUCGCUGGAUCGACCUUGGCGCGAAAAUAUUUGCAGUGAUAAGGAGAGCUGGAGGGAGCCGCAUGAAAGGAAUUUAUAAGUUGGGAUUCGAAACGCGUGCGCGCGAGUGUGAGAGCCUCGAAGGGGAGGAGGAGGAGGAGGAGGAGGAGAAGGAAAAAAUAGAGAAGCGCGGAACAGGUGCGACAGUGCUCCGCAAGCUCGGCUGCAAGAGGGACCUAUCGUGUAUUUUGUGUGAUUAAAAGUAAUGCAUUGAAAACAGUAACAAUAAAGAAGAAGAAGAAGAAGAUAAAGGUGCAAAAGUGCGAGGCGAUGCCGGGGAUUUUUAACGGACGUUGCAAAACCGCAUCGGUCGUCGAGUGAAAGGGCGCGCCGAAAAUAUGAGCGCGAUCGACUUUGACGAGGUGCUGCUGCACGUCGGCGAGAAGGGCCGUUACCAGAACAUCAUGUAUUACCUGCUCUGCAUACCUGCUACACUACCGGCUGCCUUUCUCGCCUUUUCUCAGGUGUUUGUGAGCGCGUCACCGGAGCACUGGUGCCGGAUACCGGAGCUGGACAACCUGACCGGGAUCCUGAGCCUCGAGGAUCGCAAGGCUCUGUCGCUGCCCUACCGCACCAAGUCCGACGGCCGGCGCGAGUACUCCAAGUGUCAAAUGUACGAUGUCAACUACACGGCCAUCAUCGAGACGUGGCUGAAUUCGGCUUACGAGAACGGCACGGCUGUUGGAGGCCUCGAUCUCGCCGAUAUUGCCGAUACCGGAGGUGGUGGUGGUGGUGGUGGGCCGCGCAAGGACCUGCCGCUCGACGACUCGAGUCGCGGAUCCACCAUCAACCCGACGACUUUGCUGAGGUUCCCGAGGAGGUUGCCACCGCCACCACCGCCGGUCAGUGAUCCUGGCUGGCCGACGGCCAAGUGCAAACACGGGUGGGACUACGACAACAGGGACUACGACAGCACUCUCGUCACCGAGCUAGAUCUCGUAUGCGACAACAGCUGGUGGCCUUCGACCUCGACGACCUUCUUUUUCGUGGGCAGUCUCUUCGGGAACGUGGUUUUCGGCUGGAUAGCCGACAAAUGGGGCCGAAGGACGGCUUUUCUGGCCAUCAUCUUCUUCGAGGUUAUAUUCUCGAUAGCCACGAGCUUCAGUCCCAACUACAUCGUUUACACCGCUCUCAGAACUGUAAACGGUUUAUUUUUUCCUGCCAUUUAUCAGAUACCUUUUAUCCUUGCCCUUGAACUAAUGGGUCCGAGGUACAGAACCUUCGCCGGUAUGGUGAUAUGCAUUUUUUUUGCCACAGCCAUGUCGUUGCUAGCACUUUUAAGUUACCUACUGAGGCACUGGUACUCGUUGUCGCUGGCCAUCUCCGUGCCAUUUGUCCUUCUGUUCAGUUACUACUGGAUCAUCCCAGAGUCCCCGAGGUGGCUGCUGAGCAAAAACAGGAUAGACGAGGCCGAAGUCAUCAUCCAGACGAUGGCUAGGGUCAACGGCAAAGUCGUGCCCCCGAAUUUUCUCCGAACGAUGGAGAUGGACGUGCUACGAAGACAAGGACUGCCGUGCAACGGUCAGGCGAGCGCAGCCGAGGGCGCCGAUCUCGAGGCGGACUCCAGGCUCCAGCAGUCGAUCUCGGCGACGCCCAUGGACCUCCUCACCAAUCCCAACAUACGCAAGAAAUUCUUCAUCCUGGCGUUCGACUGGGUGGCCAACGCGGUCGUUUACAACGGGCUGUCUUACAACACGACCAAUCUCGGCGUCUCCGAUUACCUCGCCUUUUUCAUCGGAGGAGUUGUCGAAAUCCCAUCGUACAUAGUCACGUGGUACGCCAUGGAUAGACUGGGCAGGCGAUGGGUCCUCUGCAUGACGAUGCUCCUCGGUGGGGUAGCCUGUGUCUCUUGCAUGUUCGUUCCCGAAGACGCAGUGUGGGUGACGGUGUCACUGGCCAUGGUCGGCAAGUUCGGCAUAGCCGCCUCGUUCGCCGUGUUCUACGUCUUCGUGGGGGAGUUGCUGCCCACGGUGCUGAGGUCGCAGGCGAUGGGCAUAGCCUCCUUCAUAGCCGGUAUUGGUCUUCUCUCGUUUCCCUACAUCGUCCACUUGGCGGUAUACUGGCGAGUACUGCCCCUCAUCGUGAUGGGCUCGCUGAGCGUCGCCGGGGCCGUCACCUCGAUCUUCCUGCCCGAGACCCUCAACAUCCAUCUGCCCCAGACGAUAGAGGAGGGCGAGCUCUUUGGCGCCGACUUUAAACUCUGGUCCUGCCCUACUCUACCCUCCAGGAAAAACCGGCGAGACUCGGAGGGCGUGCAGCUCAAGUACCUGGUGAACGGUGGCCCGGACAGAGGGACGUCGGGCGACGCGGUCGAAUCCGCAUCAGCGGUGGUCGCGGGCUGUAGCAGCGGGAACGCCAGGCUCUCGUUUGACCAGCAGAGCCGCAUGUCGCGCAGUUCGAGCAGCUGCGACGAGGACACCCAAUUGACCCCUGCGCCUACGAGGUUGAGGGCCGUCGUGGUCGAGGGUCCCGUUCGCGGUACCAUAGUCCGAACGGAAAAGUGA